AUGUGAUAACGUUUACUGUCCAUUGGUUAACACGCGAAAUAAGCUGAUGGGCUACCUACUGCGACUGAACUUUUGCUAGCUUGAUAUCGAAGUGUUGGCCCUGAAACUUGAGGACUGUUGGAGUGAGUGGUAGUCAAGUCAGGUAAGCAAUAGUUUUCGCCUGACACGUUCAGGGUUUCGUUCAUCAAAUAAUGGAGCGGAGUACUUGGGUGGUUUUUGGAGGUCUCGCUAUUUUCCUGGCUGUGUUCCUGCAGCUGACUGUGCUGCAAGGCAGCAGGGCGCAAGUUGAGGUUUACCCUCGAUCGACGAGAGCAGGCGGAUGCCCACCGUUUCAAGCGCCAUAUACCUCCGUGGGUCGGUACCACUGUAUCAAAAAGCGGGCCAGCACUUUAUACAACUGUAAGCUGAACUGUCCCGCCAACAUGCGGCCUGAACCACAGCGGCAGCAGCUGACAUACAAAUGUACUGGAGGACGAUGGGUGUCUUCACACGAUGACCGCACCCAGUGUGUCGCACGAAGGUCUGUAAAUCUUGUUGAACAACGACUGGCUUCGCCUGCCCUGUUGAACCAGCUUUUAGAGCUCUACCUCAAUCACAGUUACACAUAUUUUGCCAUGGCCUACUUCUGCGAUAGGGCUGAUGUUCAGCUGCCUGGAUUCCAAAAGUUCUUUCUAGGAAUGUGGCAAGCCAGCACAGAUAUGACCAGAGACCUCCUGAGUUACAUCAAUAAACGUGGAGGGUGGUUCAGCUUGAGGAUGUGCACAGGCCACAAGUGGUUGAGAAGCUUCAUCUUGGACUAGAGGACAAAAAAGUGGGUUUGGUGGCCAUGGAAACAGCCUUGGAUAUGGAGCAUGAAUCACAUACAUUACUUCUUGAAAUCAUGAAGAAAAUUGAAGAUGGACCAGUCAAUGAUCCACAUUUGAUGCACCUACUAGAAGACACACAUCUUGAAUACAAGAUUAAGAUGAUCAAGAAAAUUGCUGACAUUGUUGCCAACCUCCGUUCUUUUGUGGCCACUGGAGAAGGUGAUUAUGAAUUAGGAGAAUAUGAGAUUGAUAAUAAUCUGCAAUGAACUGUGUGACUUACUCUGCUUUCUGCAGAUGUGUUAUACUCAAAAUUGCCAUUAUACUAAGAAAUGUGUCAGCAUGCAAGACAGGCUUAAGGCAUAUUAAAUGAAAACUAGUUUGGACAAAUUAAUCCUUUACAAGAUGAAAUGCAAUGCAAAAAAAAAAUAAUAAUUUUCUCACCACGAAACUCUCACUGCUGUACCCAAAAGAGGCAUUACUUUUGUGAAAUGCAGGUGGUAUUUUGGAGGGAAAGUGAUGCAUAACAAUAUGUUUAACUAUAAAACAGCAAGCAUGCAUUA